UAUUCUCUUGCUCCAGUCUUCCCUUUCUCUUACAUCAAUCAACAAACAUAUCAAGUUAUUUUCGAAAUUCAUAUCCUUUAAACGUUAUAGAUAAACUCAGUAACAACAUUAGCCAGCAAUGAACCCAAAUUCUAACCCCAAUGGCUAAUAGUACCAAACUUUUCGGCCGCGACCUAGAAUCGCUGACCAGCUUUGGUGAUGGUCGAAAUUGCACAUCCGAUGGAGCUCUAUCUACUGCAAUAGAGCCUCUCGAGUUCCCGGAGCCCGUACGAUGGCGUCGCCGCGCGAGAUUCACGGAUCUGGUGGCGUUAAUAUCACGACGAGUACAAAACAAUCAUUUCCGAACGAAGCUACGAAGGCGAAUCUGGUUCCUCAUAGUAGGCUAUCUAUCCCUUGUAGGUCUAGUUCACGUUUUAAGUGAUGUCUUACAAACACAUUUUCCCGAUGACAUGGAUUCAAUCGUUCAUCGGUGGGUUGAUAUCACCGCCACAACAAUUGGUGUUGGGUAUUGGCUUUCCGACGCAACACAGGAUGUUCAUCCUGUACGUUGCCACUCGCACAACGACUAUUGGAGAACCAAGCCGCUGUUUAGUGCCAUUGCUGCUGGCUGUCCAAGCGUAGAAGCCGACGUAUGGUAUCGGGAUGAUGACUUGUACGUGGGUCAUCGUCAAUUUCAGCUACGCUCGAACCGCACUCUUCGGAGUUUAUAUAUCGAUCCGCUGAUUGACAUUCUUGAGCAACAAAAUGGCUUCUUCCCGUGUGAACGAGGACGAGACUGUGCCUCGCGUUUGCCCACUAACCAACCACUCGUUGGGGUCUUCAGUUCUGACCCUGAGCAACCACUGGUUUUGCUCAUCGACUUCAAAACCCCGGGAGAGGCGACAUGGCGAGAGAUUCAAAUGCAACUGAAGCCACUGCGGGAGCGGAAUCUGCUCACUUACUUCAAUGGCACGGCCAUUAUUCCCGGCCCCGUUAUUGUUGUUGGAUCAGGCUACGCUCAAUUUGACGAUCUGACUAAAAACGACACCUACCGUGACGUUUUUUACGAUGCACCGUUGGAGCUGCUGGCCGACAAGUCCGCCAAAUGGCCAAACCCCAAUCGAGCUCAGGCUGGAACUCUCGGGGCAUAUAGCAGUGACAUCGAUCAAGCGCCAGAACAUGACCGUCCUGGAUCAAAGCGACUCCAGUCGGACUCCACCAUCGGUAGUGAGACACCGUACAGCUACGCCCCUUCCAAUAGCUACUAUGCCUCGGCAAGCUUCAAAAAAGCGGUUGGGCAUGUAUGGGGGUCGCGUCUGACGCAAGAGCAGCUGCAACUCAUUCGAGCCCAAGUCCGAGGGGCGCAUCGGUUAGGUCUGAAGGCUAGGUAUUGGGGUGUACCGGCAUGGCCAAUUGGGCUAAGGAAUCACAUUUGGCAUAUUCUAAUUAGAGAGGGUGUAGAUAUGCUCAGUGUAGAUAACUUGCGGCAAGCAACCACAUGGGACUGGAGACGGAAGAAGGGGUUGAUAUAAUCUAUAUCCACUACUAAAACACUUUCGCUCAGACACAUUAUAUAUCUACAUAGAGUGCGAAGUUUACGGCACUUUUACUUAGUAAGAUAUUCAAUAUCGUAAAACCCA